AUGCAGGACAACGUUCUGAUCGGGGUUCUUCUGGCGGUAGCAUUCGUCACGCCAGUCUUCGUGUGGUUCUUCUACCUUUGGUAUCGAUCGCAUAUCACUAAAAUGCACCAAGAAGGCCAAAUGUUCGACAGAAGAAACCGGGAUCGCGCUCAGGCCAACUAUGAGCCCGCGAAUGCAUCCCACAACCCCGUAAUUGGACCCUACUUUACCCCUCGCGGAUGGGUUCGCCCAAAGACCCGAGGAUUAUCUCAUGUCCUGCAUCCGACACAGUAUGUUCACCCUCGGCAGCCGAUAAUUGCCAGUGUCCCGAAUUUUGACCAACAUUUCCAAGGACCAAACCGAGCGAAGACCCAUAGUCCUCAGACGGUGAACCAACAGCUGAACCCAUUAUCCAAACGGCAGCAAAGGAAACAACGAGCGCUACUAAACAAACAAAGGCAGCAAGAGCAACAGCAAAGUCAGAUAGAGCAGGGGGGCAAGCAGAAUCGGAAAAACCAGCGGAAACAGAAGAAUAAAAGCCAAGGCCAGAACCAACAGAAGUCCCCCACUGCCCAAUCUCCCAAAGCCAAGGGCGAAGACGAGCAGAAUAAUCAGCAGGGAAACACAGAAAGACAACAUGACCAAACGAGCAACCAUCAUGGUCCAAGUGGCUGGGUAAAUGAUCGAAGGUCAUGGGACAAUCAACACAAUACUGAGCAGAAUGAUAACAACAACCACUGGGGCAGCAAUUCCAGCAAUGACCACGGAGGGCAGAGAAAUAGUGUAUCACAUUCCCCACGACGAAACUCACGAGACAAUCAGAACAAUAACCGGAGCCCUCAAUGGGACAACAAAAAUCAGAAUGACCACAGGAACAACAAUCAUCAGCAUGGAUAUAACUUCAAGCGCCAGGCGUCCCCAGAUCAAGUGUCAAGAAACGAAGUGGAUUACCGUGGUGGCUGGGGUCAGAGUGACGAUGGUGCACAGCAAAACAGCCAUUCACGAAGCCACCAUUUCAAUGAAGACCAUCAUGACCGCAUCGAUGGAUGGGGAGACGAUGUUACAAAAAGUUACUGCAGGAAAAGCAAAAGUUACCGCUAUGCAUCCCCGGAGGGAAAGUCAGGACGACCAAGCCCCAACCGUGACUGGGGACACAAUGACCAAGGGGAGCGGGGAAACAGCCGCAACAGGCCUAACCCCUGGGGACAGACAGAAGAACAACGGGGUAAUGAAUCACGGAGCCAAGAUGGCAAUAUGCAUCGGGAAAAAAAGAAGAAAAAAGAGAAAAAAGAGCGCUGGCAGAUUGAACUGGAGGAGAACGAGAAGAGGUGUCGCAGCCGAAGUCCCGCGCAAGGCUCAGAUGCAGAGGACACGCGUAGUCGGGCUUCAGGCUGGAAAGAGAGACAGAAGUGGUGA